AUGCCACCACGCGACUUCACAGAUUCGGAAGAAGAUGAUCCUCCCAUUCAACCUUCUCCUUCUCCAAACCCACCAUCUUCACCAAUUCCUAACCCACCUCAAUCCCACCCUUUGAGAAUCACCCUUCGACCAUCAAUAAAUCAUUUAAUGAACGACCAUCCUCCUCCUCCUCAUCCUCAUCAAACUUCCAGUAUCGCACCAUCCGAAAGAUCUUCUUUAUCUCCACCACCACCUAUAACACUUCGUUUCGGUAUCAAACCAACUAGUAUCACUCCCAAACCUUCAGAAACGCAUGGCGGUUCAGAUUCAGAAGUCCCAAAGAAAAAGAAAAAGGUACAUAAAAGGAAAUCAUCAGCAGUGAUAGAAACACAAUCUAACAAGGUGAUGUUACCUAAGAAAAGUUAUGAUUGGCUUCAACCUUCUGACGUAGGUGCGAGUCAUCAUGGUCCUCAUAAUCGUCCUUCACCUCCUGUUUCAGAAGGGAAUGAGACUAAACCAACACCGACGGCGGUAGAUAAUGCGAUGAAGAAAAUCGGUAGUCAUAAGAAAAAACCUGAUAAUACUGGACCUGGUAAAGCGUGGAGAAAAGGUUUGAAGAAAGGUAUGCCUAUUCCAUGGCGGGAAGGAAAUUUUUUAGAAACCACCCCACCAUCUUUCUCAAACGAAACUUCUACUCAUCUUCAACUCCCUGUAGAUCCAAGUAUACCCAUAGAAGAUUCUCGUAAUCGUCAACCUUCUUCCCUCCUUGGAACUCCAGAACCUAACAACUCUAUAUCUCCAACUCCACAUAACCCCGAAUUACAACCAAUACCAAUACCAAUACCAAAUCCAGAACAUCCCAUUGACCCUCCUAUCUUACCAGCAAGAUCAGUAUCACCCAUAUUCAUACCUGCCGAUCGGGAGAAAAUGGGAAUACCAAUAUACUCCAGACCUAUCGUACAGCCUAAAAUCACAUUAGGAACAUUCCCAAAGGUCACUCAAACUUUUGCGCCGAAUAACGGGGGUGAUCCGGUGUUCCCAAGGAAGGAAAGGGUUAGGAGUUGGAAGGAAGCAGAAAGGGUGGUGAUGGGUAUAGGAGGUGGACAAUUGAAAUUUCGUUCUUGGGCAAGAGGCCCAUCAUCCGAACUAGGUCGUCUGAUUCAAGCGGACAAAGAAGCUAAAGAACUACAUCGAGCCAAGAUGAAAUCCGCCGCUAUAUCCGCAUCCCAAGCUCCUGACCCGAUAUUCUCAACUAGUACAAGUGUCAGUCUCCAUGCCAGUCCCAAUCCCACUCAAUGGGAUCGUCCGAAACUUUUACAUACCACAUCGUUCGAUUCUUCUUUAAUGCCUGAUGAUACGUCGGAAAUUGGAGAUGGGGAUAGUAUAGUUGUACCUGACUUAAAUGUCUCGAAAGGUCUACAGGAUUUGAAUGAAGCGAAAGAGGUAAAAGAUUUCAAAGACGGGAAUGAUGUUGAUGAUAUGAAAACCGUGGAAGAAUCAAAAGGAACAGAAAUCAAGAAAAGUACAGGAGGUUUGAAAGGUAGAGGAGGGAAGAAAAUUCAGAAAAUACAAAGGAAAUCGAAAUUAGCACAGGAGAUCGUAUUGACUGAAGGGGAUCUUGAUACUGAAGUUUGA